AUGUCUGUCCACAGGAACCUCCACUGUCUCACACGUGGUGACGAGGCUAACAGGGGGUCACAAUUUGGUAGAAACAAAAACAAAACUGGAGAAGCGGGAGUCGGGGCCAGAGCAGGAGAUAUUACAGGCUUCUCGACAAAAAGUAACGGCUUGACUCCUUUGAUCCAAGUGCUACCGUCUCUCAAAAAGCAAGAUGAAGGGAAGUGCAAAUGGUGUUUGGAGGUGGUUGUUGUUGAAUUGACGUCCGACACGCUAUUGGAUUUGGCGCUGCGGCUGUGCGGAGAGUGGAGCGUGGAGCGUGGAGCGUGCAACGAAGUCCUUAAGCCAAUCCUGCUGAUUCUAAGUCAGAAACAAACCAAGUCGUCGACGCCGGAAACUGCCAUGGGAUGCGUCGAUGAAUAA